AUGCCCAGUAAAAAGAAAAUCGCGAGCCUAACCAAAAAGAAAGAACUAGAAGACAACAACACUAGGACUCUAGACACCAUGCGCAAAAAUAUUAUAGAAGUGUUACAGAAAUCGACGAUAAUGCCUUUUAGGUGGUUGAGCAGCUGCUUCAGAUGUUUCUACUGUUACGAAAUGUUUGAUAAACCUCAGGAUUUAAAGACACACCAAGAGACCCACAGUCCAAACGAUCUAGAGAAGAAUUUGAAGAACUAUUGCGAACCGCUGGUGCAUGUAGACGUUUCGGAAAUCAGUUGCAAAUUGUGCUACGCGCGCAUGGACGACGUGUUCCAACUCGUCGACCAUUUGAUAAUUUUACACGAAAUCCCAUUCGACAGGGAGAUCGGCAUCAGUUUGGUGCCGAUGAAAUUAGACGACGGACCGAAAUGUUUCUUCUGUGCAAUGGUUAUGAAAACUUUCGCGUUGCUACUAACGCAUAUGAACAAGUUCCAUAAGAAUUACUUCAAGUCUUCAUGUGCUAAAUGCGGCAGACAGUUUAAAGGCUACGAGGAUUUCUGCCAUCACGCGAAGAAUCAAAUUCUGGACGAUUACCAGGAGAAGUGCUCGCAGUGCGGUCUUGUACUAAGUUAUGGGGUUCUAAGGACUCACAUGAAGGAAGUUCAUGGUAGGAGAUACAAAUGUUUGAGUUGCUUCGAGUUCUUUACCACACACUACAAACGCUCGAACCAUAUGGCGGAUGUUCACAACCGGAGGGACAGAAUCAAAUGCCCUUACUGCAAUAAAACGUUCAUUUUCAAAAGCAUAAUGCAGAGGCACGUGAGAGAGAACCAUUUGAAGGUCAAGAAUGCGGUUUGCGAAGUUUGCGGGUGGAAAACCUUCGGGAAGCACGAACUUGUUAACCACAUGGCGAGGCAUACCAACGUUAGGCUGAUCAAGUGCCCAUCUUGCGAUAAAUUCUUCAAAACCAAUCCACAGAUCGAGAGCGCGAACGACCGUCACAGGAAAUAUAAUAUAACGAAGUUACUCACGACCAUCAUAGAAUGCUCUACAAUCAUGCCCUUCAGGUGGUGCGCGAACAAAUUCAUGUGCUUCUACUGUGGAUGUCCAUUCGUGGACAGUUCCAAACUAAAACAGCACACAAGAGAAGAACACAGUGACGCCAAGUUGAAAAAUGUCCUCCGAAACAACCGCUGUAACAGAAUCAAACUCGACAUAUCCGAUAUAUCCUGCAAGUUGUGCCCGAAACCUGUAUACAAUGUUGACGAGUUCCUCAAACACAUUUCUCAUGCCCACGACGCGAAAAUUGAUACCACAGAUUUGGAGGACACCUUGUUCUCCUUUAAGCUAAACGAUGAGAGUAUGAAAUGCUUGGAUUGCGGUCAGAGCUUCAGAUUCUUCGGACCACUUUUAACUCACGUACACAGGUUUCACACUAAAGUUAAAAUGUUUUUAUGCGAUAUUUGCGGCCAAGGUUUCGUCGCGAAGGUCAAUCUAUACAGUCACGUAAGAAACGUCCAUUCGAAUUACAACUUCAAAUGGGAUUUGGAUGGGAAUUGUAAACAGUCCAAUAGGAUACGCGCAAAAGAAAUCAGCUUGAAGUGCCCGAAGUGUCCGGAGAUCUUCAGGAGUAACUAUCUAAGAAAGCAACAUUUAGCUCUGGUGCACGAUGUUAAAACCUCUCAGUUUAAAUGCGAAGAGUGUUCUAGGAUAUUUACGGAGAAAAGUCGUCUGGUGGAACACAAAUUGCGGACUCAUUUGAAGGAGAAAACUUUCGCCUGUGAGAUAUGCGGUUUCAAGGUCUUCAGCAAGGACUUGCUGAAGCGACACAUGGUGAAACACGAUGACUCGAGGCCGUUUCAGUGCGACUUUUGCAUGAAAUCCUUUCAGAGGAAGAAGACGUUGGAUAUACAUCGACGGAUACAUACCAAUGAUCGCAGAUACGUUUGUAAGGAGUGCAGCAAGGCCUUUGUACAGUGCACAAGUUUGAAAUUGCAUAUGCGAGUGCAUCACAACGUGGGGAAUACUUAA